UAUUCGUUCUUGAGCCUUCCUCGAGUCAAUACGUGUACGAAAGUUUUCCAAAGCGAAUAUCGGCAAUUAUUAUCGCAAGCAAAUUUCAGUGACAUUUUUUGGAAACCCUACAAUCUCAUCAGCUGUUGCAACACCUCGAAGCUAACAGGCACCGACCACGUUUUGGCGCGGAAAAAGAACUGUGGGAACUGCUGCCGUCUGGCGGGGACGCGAUGAACCUAUAGCGGGAAAUUUUGAAUGCGCUACAAUCGUCAGUAGAAAAGAACCCGGGAGCUGAAAAAUGGCGCCCGAUGGCCAUCUCGAACCCAUCGACCCGUUUGCGCAUGGCAAGGUCCAUGCCCCAUUGGGUACUGGCGCAGCAGCAGAAGGAAACGGAACAACAUCAGCAACGACGACCACCGACCCCACCGAAGAUACCGCCACCCUCGCUCUCCGGAGACUGUGGUGACCCGGACUACGAGAUCAUCGAAUUUCCCACCCGACCGCAACCUCUAAAGUCCUCGACACCGAACGUCGGCAAGUGUGCAUUAUGCGGCACGGAGAACGUGUUCGCACGUUGCGACAUCUGCAACGGCAAUUACUGCGAGGCCUGCGACGACAUGAACCAUAAGCACCCAAAGAGAAAAGGCCACGUACGAAGAAGAAUCCUGACGGAAUUCGCGACGAAAACGCGACCGCCUUUGCCACCGAAAGGGGAGAACCUGUCGAGUCCACCACCGAUCCCUCCGCCCAGACGAAAUCGCAAGAACGCUCAGGCUAAAUCGACGCAAAACCAGGGAUCCACGAAUCUCUCCUUGAUCGAGAGGGUCGGCAGUUUGAAGCGAAAUCUACCGAAUACCGGCCGGCCACUCUCGGCUACCUUAGACGCGAAAACCGUGUCGAAAUCCAUGCACGCCGUCAACUCACCCUCUACCGAUGGAUCUACAUCGGGAACAGGCACCGACAAGAUGUCUACUCUUCAGGAGAGGUACAGAAAAUACCAAGAAGCGAUGAGAGCUCAGGACGCGAACAGAAGAAGACACACUUCAUCCGACAUUUCAAGAGACGCGUUGAACGCAAGGCCAGUUAGCUUAGGCAGCCCGAAACUGCCGCCUCCGGUUCCACCUCCGCCCCCGCCUAGAUCUAUGAUGCAGUCGGCCAGCGUUUGCGAUUUAUCCUCGCCUCAAAUGUGGAAUUCUGGAAUGCAUCAGACUCAAUCGAUGGCUCAUCUGGGCCCAGGAGGCGUGCCCCUAAUGUGGUACCCACCGAAUCCCCCAUGGGACAUGACCAUGGGUGGUUCGACGAUGAGUUUGAACCACCCAGCAAUGUGGGCAUAUCCCAUGGGAUAUCCUCCGUCGCAAAUGCUUCCACCACAUUAUCCAGGCUCUUUGUCGAGAGCGCACAGUCCCGCGAGAAGCUUAAAAUCCAGCAGAAGAUCCAGGGCUGCCUCGCCCUCGCCCAGUAUGAAAUCCAGGAAAUCGUUAGCCUCGAGAUCGCGAUCCAGAAGAUCGCAAGGAUCGCCUUCCGACGCGAGCUCCGAGGAUUCCGGCGAAUCGGACUUCGACGACAGGCUUUCGCGCAGCUCGAGAAGCAGACGGGGAAGCGUGUCCAGAAGCGUCAGACAGAGGAGCUAUCACGAGGACGAGGUUCCUAGGAAUUUAUUACCCAGGAGUCGUCGCGAGCGCCUAAUGUCAGAAGAGAGGAUGACGAGCACCGAGGAUCAAUGGUCCGAGGGUCACUCCAGCAAACGGUACCCACCGCUGCAAAACACCACCAAUUCUCGUCGACGUUACGACCAAGACGAACGGAGACUCUCGAAACUAGAUUCGCGAUUGGAUCGCGUUCCAAACGGUAGCUAUCGUCGAAGACGAAGCACCGACGAGGAGUCGUCGGAUCGAAGGUCCACCUUACCGGCUCGAUCGUCCAGGGUCACCAGCUCCUCCGACGAUCAUUUCGAGAAGGCAGAAAUAUCCGCUCGACGGAAUGAAGACGAUGUCCCGGUGAAAAGAGCCUCCUCUGUUCGAAGGGACGUAAGAUUGGACGACUUUGAGAGAUCCUCUCGCCGAGAUUCCCGAAGAUCCUCCAUCGACAGCGACACGCAGACCCCCAGGAAGACUACCUCGCGAGACGUGUCCUCCAGAAGAAACCGGGAAGCAGAAAAUAAUGACGAGCUCGUGCCUCGUCCUUCCUCGAGAAAUCAAAGAAGCCGCGAUCCGUCCCGAGAUCGGGAGACACCUUCGAAAAGAGAACCCUCCUUGAGAAGAGACGUUUCCGUCGAUGAAAUUGAUAAAUCUCCCGCCAAACGAGCUUCUGAUAAUCAGAGCAGCAGGAAAACACCGUCUCGCGAGUCUGUCCCUAGGAGAAUUCCUCAGAGCGAUGAUAAACAGACAUCGAGACCCGGUAGCAGAAAUCAAGAAGAGAUACGGGGAAAAAGGGUCGAAGAAAGUCCUCCGGAGAAACGCGAAACGAUAGAGGAUCGUUCGAAGUCACCGAAAAAUGUCAGCGAGAGGAUCGCGAUGGAGAUACCGAAAGAGGAAUGGGCCUGCGAGCAUUGCACCUUCAUAAACGACGUGAACGAUCGCGUUUGCGUGGUUUGUUGCAAAACCAAGAGCAGUGCGCUACCACCGAGUAACCCCGAAAAUUUCGAGGAUGUCCCAAGCGCAAGCGAACCUCCUAAAAGCGAGUCAGCGACCACGUCCAGCAACGUGAGCAAUCCGAGUUCCGAUUUGGAAAAACGAACGAGCUUACUAAAAAUUUCGAACAGCGAGGAAAGUGGAGAUAGCGGUUCCGCAAAGAACAAAGAUACGCAAGAAAAUCCUCUCGUUGAAUGCUCUUCGGUAACGAAAAAUGAGUCCACAGUAGGAACGAGCAGUGUACCAGAGUCUACCGAUAACGUUGAUAUUGCGAACGAUAGAAGAACAAGUCAACGACCGAUGCUUGAAAAAAUUUCCAAAACCCAUUCGGUUUCCACCGGAACCUCGCCGCCGCCUCAGAGCAUCUCCACUCAAACGUACGACUAUCUUCCAGUGAGAGGAAGCGCAGCUUUCGUAAGAGCUGCAUCCGCCUCGAAGGGAUUAUUGUAUUAUGAGGACAGCGACGCAGAGAACGAUACGGAGCGUCUGUUCCAGGAACAAAGCAGAUUCGCGAACAGUCCAGAGCUCUAUCCUCACACGAUUCAGGAACAAUAUCUUCAGCAACUGAUCGCCGCUCCUAGCAGGGACCGUACGCGACGAAACUCCAUCGACUCGACCCACCUUUAUUAUCGUUCCAGGGAAUCCAGUCAGCCGAGAUUCCUGGAGGCUGGCCCCAGUUCGCAGACCGUUUCGACGCUGACCCGUCAAGGUCUGGAGAUCGUGGAGCUUCUGCGAGAGGCCGAGAGACACGGCUACUCGACGGAUGACGUUCAAGUGGCUUUGUCGCAGGGUUCCAGCAACCCUAUCGACUGGCUGAAGACGCAAUGGCCUCAUCUGGUGGAAACGGUACAGGUUCUGGCGACCACUCAAGGAAAAGAAUUGAAGGAGAACAAUGUAGGGGUGCUUUCGGCCGCAGAAGCGAAAGAAGCUUUAAGACUGACGAAAGGAGACGUUUGGAACGCUGUCGCGAUAGCGAUUCAACGUAGACAGUUAAAGUGCGAGGAAAUCAUGAAGAAAGGCAACUUCGCUAUGCCGGAGGUGGUGAAAGCGUUGGAGAACAACGCCGGUGCCGAGGACGCGGCUUUGUUCGAGCUGCAAAAGAAUCAAUUGAAGCCUUUCUUGAUGAGGAUCUGGGGUCCUCCGGUCGGGGUGGAAAACGACGAGGCUGCACCGCGGGAAGAUGCGGCUGGUGCGGUCGGUGGUGGAGAGGGUGUUUCCGAACAGGUUUCCAACGUGUCGGACUCGGAAGCCAGGAAGCAGGUAAUAUCACCAAUCGUUGAAAAUUUCGUCGCGUUGCAGGCCGACUUUCAAAAGCAACUGGCAGCCCUCAGACAACUGACCGAUAACUGGCAACUUGACAAAGACCCCCUGAACACGCUCGGUAAUAAGCCUGAUAAUCUGUAUGAAAGUAACGCUGACCAUCGAAUUCUAAUUAAUCCAAAUCUGGUCCCAAGGGCCGCACAACACCUCGAUCUAGCCGAGACUGUUCACGUUCAGACAUUGGAGAACGAGCAGUCGAAGAGACCCCUCGAAAAUGAAAUCGAAACACCGAUGAUUAAUAAUGAUGUUAUAGUUGAGAAAGCGAACGAACCUGUCGACAUCAAAGACAGUAUUCAAAAUAAUAAUUUAAAAGAAAGAGAAAUUUUAAUCUCCGAUAAGGAUGAAAAUGAUCCACUAAUAAAAAAUGAAACUUCAGUUGUUAAAAAAGCUGAUCAAAUUAUUCAAAAUGACAAUUCUCUGAGAAAUUUAAAUGAAAAGGAAACAGUGGAAAUAAUUCUAGUUUCUGACAAACAGAAAGAAGUAGAAAAUGAAACGGUAGUUGAAGAAAUAAAUGUACAAAAGAGUGUUGCAGAAAAUUUGCUGCAAGAAAAUUCGAACGAUAAAACAGCGAAGGUAAAUUCAGUCACAAAUAAUGAGAGAAAAGAAACAGAAAAUCUUAAGGAGAAGGAAAAUUCAGAAGAAAAACCCGUCUCCGGCUCAAGUGUGAGAAAAGAUAAGUCAAAUGUAGAAUUCAAAGCAAACGAUGUAGUUUCGAAAGUAAGCGUAGGAAGUGUGGAUGUAGAAGUAGAUGAAAGGGAAGACAAAGAAUCGCUUGGUUCGCGCGUUAAAGAAAACGAAACGAUGUCCCGAAAGAGUUCAGAUCCUCUGGAAAGCAGCGUGCAAGUAGAUAAAGCUGCUCCUUCACGCUUGAAAGAAGACGAAACGUCCCAAAAGGUUUCAGAUCCUCAACAAAGGACACUGGACGCGAAUAAAGAUUCCUCUUCAUCGAGCAUUCCCUUGCAAUCUAACAUGGCAGAAAAUUCGUCGGAAAAUCAGCAAUCUGAUUUAACAAACCAACAAGAUAAAUCCCAGCAGAACAUAAUUAAUGUAUCCAAAUCCUCUUCUGAAACUCCAAACGUUGACGAAUCAACGAAUAAAUCAAAUAAAGUAGAAAAUGAUCCUGUGAUGCAACAAAAUUCUGAACAAUUAAUUAUUGAUAAUGCUAAUGAAGAGAGUUCGCAGAAGAGCAGCGAAACACAAGUGGCCUCUGUAGAAGCACUGAUAUCCGCUGUGAAAUCAUUACCAGAACAACUAUUGGGUCCAUUUAUAUCAGCAAUGCAGAUGCUUUCACCGAAAAGAUUGAAUAUCGAGCCUGUUCAAAUUUCCACCGAAACGGUGGAAAAUAAAAUUGAAGAGAAAGAAAUUGUAACGAAGGAAGGGGGAGCUGAAAUCACGGUGGAGCCUGCGACGACCGCGGAAGACAUCGAGAAACUACGCGAUCUUGAAAGGAGAAUAGCGCGUCGUCUGUUGGCCGAAGGAAAAGCGUCGAAUUACGACGAAGCGGAAGUGGCCGCCAGUUUGCUGGCCCUGAAAUUCGGAGACGUCGAGGCUCUUCAAGCGGCCAAAGAAUGCUCCAGCGUGGAAUCGGCGUUGGCUUUCUUACAGCAAGAAUGCGAGCUCUGCACCGGUCGUUUUGCGAUGAGUCAGAUGGUGUCGAUGCUGAAGUGCGUGCAUCGAUGCUGCAACGAGUGCGCGAAGAAUUACUUCACCAUUCAGAUCAGCGACAGGAACAUCACCGACGCGGUUUGCCCGUUCUGCAAGGAACCUAAUCUGAAGGACGCGAACGAGGACGAGGUGCUCGAGUACUUCAGUAAUCUCGACAUACAGCUGAAGACACUUUUAGAUCCUCCUAUUCACGAACUCUUCCAGAGGAAACUGAGGGAUAGAACGCUGAUGCAGGAUCCCAAUUUCAAGUGGUGCAUUCAGUGCUCGAGCGGAUUUUACGCGGAUCCGGAUCAGAAACGAUUAAUUUGUCCCGAUUGUCGAUCGGUCACCUGCGCGCAAUGUCGAAGACCGUGGGAGAAACAGCACCAAGGAAUUACGUGCGAGCAAUUCGCCGCUUGGAAAGAUCAGAACGACCCGGAUAAUCAAGCCGCAGGUUUAGCUAAGCAUCUGGCUGAUAAUGGGAUAGAUUGUCCUAAAUGCAAAUUUCGUUAUUCUUUGUCACGAGGAGGUUGCAUGCACUUCACGUGCAGUCAAUGCAAAUACGAGUUUUGCUGCGGUUGUGGCAAGGCAUUCAUGAUGGGAGCGAAAUGCUCGGUCAGUCCUUAUUGCGCGAAACUGGGCCUUCACGCUCAUCAUCCGCGAAACUGUCUCUUUUAUCUUCGCGAUAAGGAGCCGGCGCAGUUGCAACAGCUGUUAAAAGAUAAUGGAAUCGAGUACGAUACAGACGGUCCGGCCGGGGAACGCAAGUGCAAAGUGCAGUUGCAGAAAGAAACUCCCACCGGUGUCGUGGACGCGAUAUGCAACUCGGACGUGGUCGAGGGACACGCUGGUCUCUGCAGGAUUCACUAUAUCGAGUAUCUAGUCCGAUUGAUCCGGCAAACCCAACUGGAACCACUUUCGUUGCUAAAUAUAGACGAUCUUGAGACUUGUGUCAGACGCGCUGGGAUAAAGUUGCCAUCAAACUGGCAGCACUACAUUGAAUACUUGGCGGGCCUGGUACUGAAGGGCAAACUGGAUCCCGUGGCGAUCUUUGACUUGAACGACGCCAAGCAAGAACUGCGCCGUCGGGGAAAAGUUCCCCCUGCGAAGGACCAGGAAAUGUCCGAGCGGGAUUAUCUCGAGGCGUGCAUUCAGGUUGUACGAAAAGAGAUUCCACUGGAGUAAAUAGAAGAACAAUUAACGCGCGACUUUGUAUGAUUCAUUCUUGAUGCAUGAUGUAUAGUGUAUUUAUUUUAUUAUAUGGAUAAUGCUGUAGAGAACAGUUUACAAUUACAGGAAAUAAAAAUUGACAAUUAUUUAAUGA